AUAAUAAUCACUGCAUUUGCUCUCUGUAACCUCGUGGGUAGAACAUACCUGAAGGUUACGUUAAUAAUAAUCAUUGCAUUUUCCCUUUGUAACCUCGUGGGUAGAAUAUACCUGACGGUUACAUUUAAUAAUAAUCACUGCAUUUGCUCUCUGUAACCUCGUGGGUAGAACAUACCUGAAGGUUACGUUAAUAAUAAUCAUUGAAUUUUCUCUUUGUAACCUCGUGGGUAGAACAUAUCUGAUGGUUACAUUAAAAAUAAUCACUGCAUUUGCUGUCCGUAACCUCGUGGGUAGAGUAUACCUGAUGGUUACAUUAAUAAUAAUCAUUGCAUUUUCUCUUUGUAACCUCGUGGGAAAAAAAAUUAAUGCCUCUCUCCUGGAAAUUUUGCCCUGUCCUUUGAGCAUAGUGAUCUUGGGUAGCGAAUUCACGAAAACAGGUUAAAACGCUUUUUUUAACAACAGCAGUUAUAUUAUUUGGCUUUUUGAGGGAGGUUAAACAUAAAUGGAAUAGAAUAUAAAAAAAGCUGAUAAAGCGGGAAAAGUUAUCUUUACAAAAUGUGCUUUGACAAUGUCAAGGAGUGAAAUAAGCUGAAGUUUUGUAGUUAGCCCGAACAAAACCUGUUCCUGCAUGAAAAGCAGUUCUGAUUCCCUUCUCUUAACUAGAAGAGAUGCAUAUCCCUGUGAACCAGUUUUUUAACUAGGAGCGAUUCGUUCCCACUCACUUAAGAUACUUUAUUGACACGAGUUCCUAUUUCAAUAUAUGUCUAACUCAAGCUUAGCCGCGUGAUAGCUCUUCAUUAGCGAAAAGGUCCAAGUGAUAUUUUGAUUGACGUGUUGUUUUGGAUCCUGAAGUUUUGGUACACCUUUUCUCUAGCUUAACUGGCGAAGAUAUUCUAGGAAUUUGCCCUUCAAUUCCAAAUUCUUUGAUGUGCCGCCAGAUGCCGUGCAAAAAUAUCACCUCUUGCGGCUCCUCGUGUUGAAACCUGUCAAACUUUUGAGCCAAUAACUCCCAACAUUUCUUUUGUUCCGUGGUCGCCGAAGCGUGGCACAACAAUGUUGGAUCCGUUUGCAUAGUUCUUCCAACAUUGUUGGGGCCACGCAAGCGCAUUGCACACGAGCUGUCUCCAAAGUCAUAUGGGUGGUAUCUCUCCCACGAUGCAUUGUGGGUCCCAAUAUUCCUGGGCGUUGUUGUAUCCGUUUGCACACCACUGCUAACACGGACGCAAUAACUCCCAAAAUUGUUGGCCCAACAAUUUUGGGAGUUGUUGCACGUAGCUUAGGUAUAUAACGGACCAAUUUAAUGACCAGCUGCCAGUUGGCUUGCUGGCUCAAUUGGUUAAAGCGCUGCACUGGUAUCGCGUAGGUCAGGAUCCCGUCAAGCCUGGUUUUUAAAGCUUCCAUUUCGCAACUACAUAAGUUGCGUCUUUAACUGCGAUGAUCUUCUUUGCUUUAAUUUCUUUAUUCCACGGUUCCAAUAUAUAUGAAAUUCAUAUAUUCAUCAUCAUCAACACAAAAGAAAUUGUAAAAAAGCAUACUAGAGUGAGUGCUACUUCACUGAAUUGGUAAAGAUGCAUCGUGGGCCCGUCGUCGACCCACACAUCCCGGGUUCCUUCCAAAAAUCUUUCACUUUCUUCCUCAUAGUUGUACAGGAAUAAUUUCUAGCAGCAAACUGAAUAGUUUAAAUGGGCUCAACUAACUUUGCUCUGUCGAUGUCUAAAUUUUUUUUUGUUUGUUUGCCAUUUCUUUUGCUUUUAGAUUUCAAUGAAUGCCAGAGUAAUACGUCAAACAGAUGCGAACAAGACUGUGUAAAUGUACCGGGAUCUUUCACUUGUGAUUGUGGCAAAGGAUACAAACUAAACGCAGACGGACAUAGCUGCGAUGGUAACACGUUAAAAAUGUUUCAUGACUCUUUUAUUAUUAAUUUCGGUAUUUUUCAAAAUAUUUCUUCUUAGUUUUCAUGAAAUUAAUUUUAUUAAAACGUAUUUCUUUAAUUCUAACAAGCUUUGUCAAUCAGAAAACUAGAACGUGUUUGCAAAUUAAUCUUGUGUAAAGCAAGGUUUCAAAAGAAGUCCUAAUUUGUCUGAAAUGGUGGUAUUAGGAAAAACUAAUUGAAAUGACCGUAUUUUGAAUUGUAAGAACUAAAAAGUCGGUUUUUACCUGAUGAUACGUACAGACUUUCUAUUUCUUUUAGAAGACAAAACCAGUUAAGUAAACUAUGUGAUCUCCAACUUUAUACCAGUGUCACAUGAUUAGCUUAUGCAAACGAACUGAACCGUGUUUUUGAGGUUACGUCAAACGGUAUUUAUUAACCGAAUCAAGAGUAAGGGCAAUCAAACCAAAAAAACCAAGUUACCUACGAUAACCAAAGCCUGAGAAAACAGCCAACAUUUCGCGACUCCACCACUGGUUUCCCCGCGAAAUGACGACAUCUGAGGAACGAACGCAGAAAUUCUAUACUGAUGACGUCUUACUACUUGUUAUUAAAACGUUCUCUGUUCAUUCGUGGUAAUUGAUUUUCUUGUGAUCUUAGCCUUUUUCAUGACACUUUGAAUUUCGGCAAAAGGGCGUUAAGUGAUUGGUGGUCGACAUUGUUAAAUUUUGGUGAAAAACUUGCGAGGAAACUUUUCUUACAGGUUUGUAGAUAUUAAUUAACUUAAAAGUGUAACGUAGCUUAUUUAGUGCAUUCUUUUAGAAACAUUGUAUGUUGUUUAAAUCUAUACCGGGCCGUCUCUAUUCAUUAGAGGUACGCACUUGUUGACAGAACAUAGCAAAAGGUUGAUCUAUUUCUACCACCUGCGCAUGCGUAUAUCCAUCUUUUCUUAGUGAUCGCAUGAUGUACAAUCACUUCUUAAUAAAGGGUUUAGUUUUAUCGUUUGUCUAACGAUUGUCACUUUGAUAUUGAUCGCGACGUUUCGACCGCACACUGCAGGUCUUCAUCAGGCGAUAGCGUCGAUUUACUGAGUCGAACUAUUUGUACCACCGGGGUUGUUAGUGAUUGGUGUAUCACAAACACCGCUCAUGGUUGGUGGGUUUCGAUCCAAAGCAAUUUUGGCCUUGUGAGAGGACGAAACUGAUCCCUCGUUGGUCCGCUGUGGUAGAUAGCGGUUGUCAGUCAUGUUGUCUGAUUGUAGGUAUACACGCUUUAGGAAUCUCAAUUCCACUGUACCUGUCGACGUUGUUAGGGUGAAGUCUUAUGUGGAUAGCCUCCUUAACUCUAUGAGAGUACCAGUGAGGGUCUCGGUCAAUAAACGUAACUUCGUCCCAGAGCGAAUAAUGCCCGAUCUUAUUGGCGUGUUCAGAAACGGCCGAAGUUUGAGUUCGUGAAAGCCGUAUAUCCCUCUCGUGCUCUAUAAUCCGUUCAUGCAUGCACCCUCCUGUUUCGCCAAUAUAUACUUUGCCGCAUUCACAAGGAAUCUUAUACACUACUCCAUCUUGUUUUCGUGGAUCCACAGGAUCCUUAGGUUGCACUAAGUGCGAUCUUAGUGUUGUAUCGGAAUUGAAAACAGAUCGUACGCCAUGCUGUUGUAGGCAAUGACGAAGUUUCGAAGUGACAAUCGUGAGACAAACGAUAAAACUAAACCCUUUUUACACAUUAUCCACGAUGAUUUAAAUCUUUCAUGACAAUCACUUGUUGCUUCCAGAAGCUUUCCCUUCCCUGUUAUUAACCAGUUGAUUUCCCCUCGGUUCUUUUAAACGCUGACAAAACUCGGCCAAUAUCCAAUCAUCUUGACCUCCUGCUUGGUCGAUAACACAUUAUAUCGGUUGCCUGACCGAGCUUGAGGUAUAUGGGAUUGCUGUUCAAAGUUGGAAUGUUGUUUCACCAGGAAAAUUUAAGCUAAGUUGUCUUGGCGUAACUUAGAAUUUAUUUUUGUAGAUAUAAAUGAAUGUGUACCAACAAAUGACUGCAUGCAAACGUGUACCAACACUCAAGGAAGCUACAACUGUUCGUGUGAUGCAGACUUUUUUAAAACAGACCCUAACGACUGGAGAAAAUGUGAAGGUAAGUACCAUCGUCCAAGGCCUCUUAUGAGUAGCCUUGUAAAGUAGAAAUUUUAAAAAACUCAGUAUCUUUUUUCUAAACUAUUGCUUAUUAUCCCACUCAUGGCAUAGCAUCCAACUCAAUACAAUAAUUAUCUUUUUUUAACUUUUUUCACUUGUAGCCAAGAAUCCUUGUUCUCCAGAUCCUGGAUGUGACCAUGAUUGUUACACUGGAGCCAGCAACCAACCAUUAUGUGUGUGCUUCGCUAACUACGAGCUACAGCCUGAUGGGAAAACAUGCAAAGGUACUGGGUUAGUCAUCAUUUAUUGCGAAACUGUUUAAACAUCUUUCUUCCCUGGAAUUUGCAAACUUCGUUAAGACUCAACUUAAAAUGGUACGCAAAAUGCUUUUAGCAUAAAACGAGCGAGGGCACGGAAUCUCAAAGUCUUAAAAUUUUAGGGGCUGUUCUUAGCAUACGAUACCGAAAUGACUUUCAUUCCGGAAUGAUUUUCGUUCCAGAGUGGAGUUCGUACCGCAUAAAUGGCUCAGUCUGGCUCAGUCUAGCCGUUCUCACUCGCGUGGUUUUCGCGCCAGAUCAGAUACGCAUGCCUCACUCGCCCGACAAUACACGUUUGCGAUUUUCAAUCCGGAACAAAGCUCGUUUUCAGUUUACAUGAUACCGGAAUGAAAUUUUGUACCAGAACGAGAAUUUAAUUCGGACUGAAAACCGUGAACUCAUUGUGGAAUGACUUGUAUGAGAAAGAAAUGUAAACAAAUACAGAGAAAGAUAUGGAGAUGGAAUGAACUUGUUCCGGCAUUCUGGUAUCAUGUAAAUUAGCCCCUUAACGACUUUGGUAUGCUAGUUGUCACGUGAGCUAACUAAAUUGACCGGCGCUCUAGCCUGCGUAGAAAGCGUCUUCAUGCGGUUUCAGAGCAAAGAACAAGGAUCGUCGUUCCUCGGUCUUUCUUUGCUCCAAAAUCAAAACGGAAACGCUUGCUACGCAGGUUGCCGGCGCACGUAAAUAAGCUUCCUUGUUCGCUUAUGUGAUCAUAUUUAACGAUUAUUGAAUGAGGCUGAGUGUCGUCUGAAGAAUUUUGGAGAUCGUGGAAAGGAGGUACAACACCGUUCGAGAUCAGCGAUCUCCAUAAUUCUUCAAACUAUACGAAGCCAUAUCCACUAGUUGUUUUUCUCAUUCAUUUAAAACAAUUCCUAGUUUAAAAACAAGCUAAAACAUGCCUACCUCAAUCGAUGUCAAGUUCCCUUCCUCAAUGGCCUGUUUCAAGUUCAGGAGAUAAAGGGACGUUUAGUUCUGCAAAUAUUCUCUAUAAAGCAGAUGUCGCCCGUUGAGUAGUUUCGAGUAUCCUGCGCCACAGUCGAAACUAAACUCUAGUAAAGUCCGUCUGCGAAACACCACCGAAACCCUUGUUCUGGACCCCACCUUUGUACCAGGAUUUAAGUACGUGAUAUGAUUGAACUGUUAAAAAUACCAUUGCCGAUAAAAUCAAAAUAUUUUGUGCAGUCAUAACAAGUACAUGCAGUACUGUAAACUAAUCAGAACUUCAGGAAAACAUACGAAACUGGCGAAAGUGGCGCGACAAUAAAAAGCCUCCAGGCUUGACCUGUCCAAAAUUAAAUGUGUGGGCGCCAGUUUUGAGUCAAAGGAAAGUAGUGUUUUUUGUCUUUGGAUUGGUUUUUGAAGGGCUUUGUAAAAGAAAACGAUGCUAAUACAAUACGUAUUAGUCAAACCAUUUGUGUUAUCCCGGCACCGGAUAGAGACUCAUCCAAUGGAUAGCAUUAUCCAGUUUUUGAACCACUGGGGCCAGAUCUAGACCUUACUGUCCGCAACAGUGCAGAAAAUGUCUGUUAAAGUCAGUUAAAUUCAUUUAUUAAAACCAUUUUUUACAUAUUGUAAUCUUCGCAGACAUAAAUGAGUGCGACCCUGAGAAAUCUCUUGAACGUUGCAAUCAGAUUUGUGAAAAUACUCCAGGCAGCUACCAAUGCUCUUGUGAGAAGGGGUUUGAAUUAAGCAACGAUGGAUACACGUGUGAAGGUAUGAAGGUGGUGGUUAUUUUAACUUAGCCGUUUUGUUGGGGAUCGCCUUCUCUGAUGUGCUUUUAUUUUCGAAACGUCUUUCGUUCUUUCAAUUUUGGGAAGUCGUUGUGUUCUCAAGGAGAGCCCAAACCACUUUAAUCGAGUUCACAGUGAGCUGCAUCCAAGUAUGACCGACAGAACAAGUGAUAUGUGGGUUCUAAAGAAGAUGAAUGAUGCCAGUGGCGAGUCUCCAAUCUUCUUUAACUUCCUACUGCAGCCUGCAAUCUGUAAAACGCGAACUUGAAAUCCAGUAAAUAAUUAUGAGCCCCUUUUCCAUCCCAUCUUUUUUUUUUUAUGAGAGGAGCAGUUCAACUGAUUAUUGUUAUUUUUCUUUGAUGUCAUACAGAUAUAAACGAGUGUGUGAAUGAUGAUUUAUUCAAUUGCACGGAUGAGUUUCACAUUUGCGUUAACACUCGUGGUUCGUACAAGUGUGUAUGUGGUCAAAACCUGUACUUUAUUGAUGGAAAAUGCAGAGGUAAUAUGCCAGUUAAGAUGGCGACUUCCACAUAUGUUGUCAAAGUUCGAGUCACCUGCGCUACGAUUUCUUUAUUCGCCCAUCAUUGUAAAAUAAAUGUUUUGCGUACGGUAUUUGAUAGUAUACAUGAGCAGGCAAGCUCUGCUGAGCUUUUCGGAGGAGAUCCCCGACUUCAACAUACAAAGGCGCUGUACUAUAUAAUUCUAUCGAUCUUUAUAAAAUGAUUCAAACUUAUCCAGUUUUAGUCGAUUUCCGAUACUUACUUUAAGUGAUACUGUAUAUUUGUCUUAAUCAUCUUUUUAAAUCGGCCAUAAGAUUUCUGAUUUCGUAGGUUUUCAGGUAGAUUGUGCCAUAAUUUUGCUCCUCUGAAUUUCACUGAGAAGUUGCAAUAAUUUGUUCUUUAAUACUAUGUGUAUGUUAGAAUCUGAACGGGUAUUGUAAUUAUGUAAAUGCUCACUCUUUGCGAAGUAACCUUCAUCAGUCCUAUUCAGAACUACACUCGCCCGGACUAUGAUCAUAUUCCUCUUACUUAUGGCAUUGUUCCUGGGCUCAAACCAUUCACGAUGUCUCACAGAAGUGAAAAUGUUUUUUAUGAUUAUUCUAGGUUUCAAGCCCAUUAUUCUGCUCCCUACUCUCUCUUUCCCCUUCCAGCCCCUCUACCUCCCCCCGGCAUAGACAGUUAUUUGAUCUAGGAACUUAGACAAAACAGCGGUUUACCCUUAGUUAGAUACAGUGACAUGGCAACCAGCCCUGACCCUUGUUUCCAUUCAUGUUUUAAAAAGCUUCCAAUGAGACACCCAUAUGAUGUCUUUGUUCCAAACUAACAAACAGCUAGCUUUUUAGAGACCGUGCAAGUGACGUUGUUGGUUUUUCCUUCUACAGGUUUGGAAAAAAAUGAGUCUAUUCCAAUUCCUAAGCUUGAACAGCCUCGACAGCCAAAUGCAAAAGAACAGGAACAUGCUGUAGAGAUUACGAUUGGAGCCAGUAACGACGUAAGAAUAGUUUAAUUCAGUUUUUUAACUCUUUUGUUUCCUCGUCAGUGGCCCUUUGUAAGCAUCAGUAUUGGUAAUGCAGUACUGUGGUUAAUUAAGUGAUGGGCAAGCCUGUUAUGCUAGAGAGGGAGUUUGCAAUACGUCUCGAAGUUUCAUUCUUAAUAAAAUGGGAUGAGCUCCCUACGGGUCGUCUUGAUAAAUUAGUUGUGUAACCUCGCUUUACAGACACUUCGUGAUUACGGACAGUUUUCUUUAUCCCUGGGAAAAGCCCUGACACUUCAGCCCCCUUAAUAAGGACAUACAACCUUCGAUGACAACAUGCAGGAAAGUUUACAGUGCUACAGCGCACGCGGUAUAAGAUAAAAUCUAGCUAGACGCCAAUUUCUGAGUUAUUUAGUGUGUUGUUUUUGAUUAAGUAAUAUACAAGAGCGACUUUAGAGUGAUUCCACCGGCAUAAUGUUCUUCCAUUCGAAGGGUUUCUGUAUGUAAGUGGCGUUUCAUGACGAUUCUCAAGCAUGUGUUCUCUUGUCUUAAGUCAUGUUUACCUUCCGCAAUAAUUUGGUCUUAUAACGGAACGGUUUGUUCCAAUAAAAGGUAUACAUUUUCGAGUAUUGAAAAUAACACUAUCAACCCUCUUAAUAUGGACACCCCGUUAAUGCCGACACUUUCUGUGGCUUCCCCUCAGUGUCUGUAUAAAUGCAUGUAAAAAAGUAUUCAUCUAAAUUCUGAAAAAAAAAAUAAUUCACUGGUACUAAAAAAACCUAAACACAGGAAAAGUAGGUGUAGGCAGGAACGGCCACAGUAACACAGAGUAACACUUCAUUUCAUGUAACUCCCAACGCAUUAACUUUUUUUACAGUUCAAGUGGGAUUUCGAUACUGACAAGUCUUUCAAAGAAAAAACGGCUUUAAUUACCACCAGCUACUGCACCGAGAACAGGACAGACUGUGCACUGAAGGAGGAAAGACGCGCCAGGUAAAUACAUCGUCUGUGCAUGUAAAAGAGGAUGCAAUAUAUCAUCGUUCUGUUUUUUCACCCCGCUGCCCGCUUAGCUCAUUUGAAUUAGGGCCGGUCAGCUAAGCGGAAAGUCGGGGGUUUAAAUCCUAGGAGGAACUUCAACCAGGGAUUUUAGAACUUUGAAAGAUUUUACAGGUUGCAUCGUGACUCAGUUCGGGUGCGCCUCAUUGUGUGGGAACGUUAAGCCGUUGGGAACGUUUUAAGCCUUGUUUCUUUAGAAGUGCAAUGUGGCGCAGUCGUGAGAGCACUAGCCUCCUAGCAAUGUGGCCCGGGCUCCUCGGAUUCAUCGGCGUCGACGUCUUAUAUGUACGGCUAGCCCGUAUGACAAACGACUGCGGAAACGACUGCUAGGCAGGUUAUAUCUAGGUUGAGUUGGUUGUCCGUUGUCACUUCUUUUCCUUAAGAUUUUUCUCCGCUACAAAAUCAGCUCUCCCCUCCCCCCCUACUGCCUUUUUAAAUACCAGGGAUGUCAGCAAAGAAGAUGUGGCUUAACUUUCAUGGCUUUUUCGGGUCGACACUUUUAUUGGUCCGCAGCCGUAGGCUUCUCGCUUUGUGCUGUGGACUUGGCUACAAUUGGAAAAUAUAUUUUUUAAAAAGAAGAGCGAAAAUAGCAGUCAGAAUUUUUGCCUAUUUGUUGAUUUUUAGACGUGCUCUUGAUUUUGAACUCUACGUUGCUGACUAUGUCCACCUUCUGCCUGGGUAUCCUAGCAACGGCUCAGUCUCCCGCGCUGUGGCUUUUUACGUGCAGCAGCCGCCAGGAUUAUUUACCGGAAAUAACUCAGUAUUACCUAGCAACACUUUGGUUGAUAUCGUCGUAUUAUACAAGUCUGAGCUUGAGGGCGCAAUUGGGGCAACCAUAUCCAGUAUAAAAGCUCUCUUCACACCAACCGGAACGACGACAACGACAACAAGAAAACCUAUCGAGGAAAGUGAAAACAACAACUGGAAGGGAAUUGUAAUUGGUGUUAGUGUUGGAGUAGUGGCCAUUAUUCUUAUCAUCGUCAUCGUAAUUUGGCGGUAGGUUUUUUCUUACUUUCUAGUCAGUUUUUAAAAAAGCCAGUUAUUAAGACAACGGUUCCUCCUCAACUCCAGUGGUACUUCUCCACAUAUUUGUAUUAUGAAGCAGAUGCGACUCCACUGUUAGUUAGCGAGUCUGUGUUCAGUUAAAAACGACACGAAGCACUCACUCGUUGUUAUGUGACGUCACACUGGCACGCGGAAUGGGUCAACAAACGUAAUUGGAAAACAAUAGUUAAAUCGUAUUCCAUCAAGAUUUUGGGUUAACCUUUAGAAAGUAGUAGUAGCUAUGACAGCCGGAUUUGCAGUAUUACAAAACACGGUACUAACAUAUAAAAUAUAAAAUAAAAGACAUUUUACUGUUUUUGAUGUAUAUUCUUUAGGUGUUGAGAGUUAUUAGAAAACCCAGUAAAAAUAAAAAGAAAAUAGAAAAUAAUUAAAUUCUGAUCGGAGCAUUGCUAAGGUAGGAAAGUGCAAAGGUAGAUAUCUUUUGUUAGAGUAAAAAAAUCCGCAAAAUAUUUCACAGAUUGACAGAUUGUAGGGUACUCCUCAGUAGAACUAAAAGCGCUACUGACCCAAUAUAUUUCGUCUCUUUCUUCUUUAGUGUAAAAACGAAAAAGAGAAACAUCAAAGUGACUCCAGCCUCAGCUUACUUCCCUGAAGAAGCAGUCAUCAUGGAAAGUUACACUGCUAGAUCAAGUCGUGAACGUCUAAGAGCCUGGGAGACAGAAGUCGAUAACGAUAAUACGAGCUAA